GGAAGCUCAACAGGACUGUCACUUCAACACACGAUACUCAAUUGACUAAGGAUCGGAAGAUUGAAGGGAUAGUGAGGGAGAUUGGACGAAGAUGCCGCCAAAAGGAGCCUCCACAAAGCUGCAGCCGAUGCGCCUGCCCCCUCUGCCCAAGUUACGAGUCCGACGACCAAACCAAACAGAUGCAAAUCCAUGCCUUGUGCUCAUGAGCUCAGUGCUGACAUGCUGGGCAUCGUCAGGAUAUACAGCUGCAGGAUGUGCAGCGUUGGAGACACAGUUGAGGGCUUGUAUGGAUGCGCCUAGACCGAAAACGGUGAAGAAGAAUACGAUUAAUUACCAUUUGUCGAGGAUGUAUCCGAAUAUCAUUGGACCUAGAAAGAGGAAGUGA